CCAAUGGGUUUGCUCACUUUCAUAAGGGAAGCUAGUCAAAAGACGCGCCCUCCCUCCCACCAUUGCCAGCAAAUAGCCGCCAAAUGAGCUCACCCUGAGCGAAAAAGCUUUGAGAUUCGGGCUUCCGUCAUUCUACUUCAGCUAUAAAAAAGCCAUUUACUUGAAGUUGCGAUGGAUCCUCUGAGGGCUCAGCAGCUGGCAGCUGAGCUGGAAGUGGAGAUGAUGGCUGAUAUGUACAACAGAAUGACCAAUGCCUGCCAUCGUAAAUGUGUUCCUCCACACUACAAGGAAGCAGAACUGUCAAAAGGGGAAUCCGUGUGCCUGGAUCGCUGUGUCUCCAAGUAUUUGGACAUUCAUGAGCGGAUGGGCAAGAAACUGACAGAACUCUCAAUGCAGGAUGAAGAACUGAUGAAACGGAUGCAGCAAGGGACUGGACCUGCCUAAACCCCUGUUUCUGAUUCUCCCAACCUAUCUCUACACCUUGUGUCCGGACUGGUGUUCAAAAUUCUUGCUUUUGCCAAUAAAACAUCCAUGCUGUG